CCCGCCGCUUCGCUGUCUCUCGCUCUCUAGCACACCAAAAAAAAAACCCCUCAGAAUGGCGAAGGGACAGGAAACCCUAGCGCUGGCCGCCGGCGUCUUAACCCCGCUGCAGGUAAUGCGGAGGGACGCGUGCGACGACGGUGACCGGCGGCUCCGUCACCUUGCGCUCUUCAUCGAUCCACGCACCAUGUGAGAAAUCUCAUGACAGACGUCAGGCACAGGUUAUAUGUGUCUGCUUCUAAGAAGACACGGGUAAGCCGUUUUCAUUCGUCAGGUGUUGAACACAGGAGCAGACAAUCUCAUGGAUCCGGUGUUUAGGGAAGCAGCAGACAAAGGAAAUAUAAUUAGCCUACAAGAGCUUGCUGUCAAACCCAACAUAAUUUACUCGACGACAAAGGCGGAGAAAAAUACAGGACUUCACAUCGCGGCGUCAAAAGGACACACUUUGUUUGUCCACCAUUUCCUCCUCCAUGCAGGCAUGAAUAUGGAGCUCAUGGUCAGUCAAAACAAUGAUGGCGAUACGCCACUGCACCUGGCGGCGAGAGCUGGCCAUCUAGAAGUGGUCGAGCACCUGAUACAAUACUCAGGGUGGGCAAGGAAAAUCAAUGCCAACUUAAAGGAGCCUACCAUAAUGGUAAACACAGAAGGGAAUACACCAUUGCAUGAUGCGCUGUUUAAGCGUCACUUGGACAUCACAAUAAAACUUUUGGAGGUCAACCCAAGAUGUGCAGAAGCAUUGAACACGGAGAUAACGAACCAGUUGUCGACAGGCUCUGUCUCAACUAUUGGCACCUGUAUGAUUGCUCUGCUGCACCAGACCGCGUUGCAUGAUAACAUAUGGGCACUGGAGAUCUUACUGAACAAUAUUGUGGGGCUUGUGAAGUUAACAGACUCAUCAGGGAACAAUGCCCUGCACUAUGCCACGUUGAACAACAGGGUUCGCAUGGUAUCCAUGUUGCUCAACAAGAACUCUGCUCUGGCAUGCAAGAAGAACACUGAGGAGCAUACCCCUCUCCACAUUGUUGCCAAGUAUGGCUUCACAGAGGCUGCCAAAGAGCUCUUGAAGCAGUGCCCUGAUGCCAUUAAGGUGGUGGAUUUAGAUGGGAGAAACGCUUUGCACAUCGCCAUCGUCAACAACAAGCUGAGCAUACUUGAGUUGCUUCUCAAGUAUAAGCUGCCAAAGGAGAUCUUGAACAAACAGGAUAAUGAUGGCAACACACUGCUGCAUCAUGCUGCCAGGCUCCACCAGGGGCCAUCAAUACUGUGGUUACUCAAUGAUCCGAGAAUCAACUCAUUCGUGAUUAACAAAGAAGGACACACUGCAUGGGCCUACCAGAUUCCAAUAGAGCCCAUGGCUCAAGCAUUGAGUAAUGCAAUAGACAAAGGGGACAUGCUAAGCCUGGUAAAUUUUCUCGCUGACUGUCCCGAAGGGGUUUAUUCAGUGACACCCAUAAGAGGAGACACGGCCGUCCACCUCGCAGCAUCAAAAGGAAAUGAUUGCGUUGUUCAUCAUGUGCUUCUCUAUACGAACCGGAAUGUGGGGUUUAUCAUCAGUAAGAAUAUUAAUGGGGAUACACCAUUGCACCUGGCGGUGAGAGCAGGCCAUGUGAAAGUGGUAGAUCAUUUGAUGCACUACAUGGCUUGGGCUAAGGAAAUCGAGCCCAACUUAAAGUUAAAGGAGCCUCUGAUAAUGCAGGGCAAGGAAGGGAACACGCUGCUGCAUGAGGCAGUGAUACAUGGUUGGCAUGAUCUGGCGGUCAGCCUGCUAGAUCAUGGCAAAGAGGUUACAUGGACGGCUACUGAAGAAUUCAUCAGGGAGUACCAUGAGUACGCUGGGGAUGUUGUCAGUACACAUGAUGUACUCCUUGUCAUUAGGAAUGAUGACGGGGACACACCGUUGCACCUUGCAGUUAAAUCUGGCAAUUCCGUCCUUGUCAAUAUGCUUAUCGGACGUACUAAAGUGAUGAACCUGGAACUUACGCCACAGUAUGCAAAGGGUCCUAUAAUAAUGGCAAACAAAUUAGGUAACACCCCAUUGCACAACGCAGUGUUGCAGCGAAAGUCGGAUAUUGCGCUAAAGCUGCUGGAGGCCAACCCAGGAUGCGCGCACAUGUCGAACGCAGCAAGGCAGUCACCAUUCUACAUUGCUGUCAGGGAUGGCCUUACGUAUGUUGUCAAGAAGAUUGCUGACCAGAAGAUGGCCGUGGAAUUCAUGUCCACUCAGGCCAAUCCUCUGCACGAAUCCGUGUUGGGAGAUAACAUCCUGUUGAUCGUACUGAUACGUCCAAUGUACAAUAUUGACGGCACCAUAAAAAGAGCGCUGGAGAUCGUGCUGAACAGAUAUGAGGAGCUUGUAGAGUUGUCAGACUUAUUAGGGAACAAUGCCCUGCAUUACGCGGCGGAGAAGAAUAAUGCACGCAUUGUAUCCAUAUUACUCAACAAGAAUCACGCUCUAGCCUACAAACAGAAUAAUGAGAAGCAUACUCCUCUCCACAUAGCUGCUUACUAUGGCUCCACAGAGGCUGCCAAAGAACUCUUGAAGCAGUUCCCUGACGUUAUUGAGAUGGUGGAUAACAUGGGACGAAACGCACUCCACAUCGCAGCCAUAAAUGACAAGGUGAGUGUGCUUGAAUUGCUUCUCAAGUAUGUGCUGCCGAAGGAGAUUGUGAACCAACAGGAUAGGGAUGGCAACACACCGCUGCAUCAUGCUGGCAAGCUCUUCGGGAAACAAGCAGCAUUGCUGCUACUCAAUGAUCGGAGAGUCAAACCAUGCCUGGUUAACCAAGAUGAAGAUGCCGCAUUUUCCCUUUCUCAGAGAACAGGAAUAGAGCGAACUUACGGCAAACACAAGCUGCUGAUACUGACAAAGCAACAGCCUCGACCACUGCAGAACCGGCGAACAAGUCCACAGAUGGCGCACAACAUAGUUUGCAGCGUACUUGUGGUUGUGGCCACCCUGAUGGGCAUGUCCACCUUUGCAGUCACACUAACCGUGCCUGGCGGCUAUAACCAACAGUCUGGCGCUGCCAUUGUUGGGCACCAUCAGGCAUUCAAUAUACUCGUCAUCUGCAACGCCAUUUCAAUGUGUGGCUCGACUGUUGUUGCCUUGUGCAUCUUUUUGUGGAAGGGUCAUGUGGAGACAAGGGUCAGUUACGGCGUUAUGCUGUUUGGUGCCAAGUUGUUGAUUGUCUUCUCUGGCCUCACAAUGAUUAUGUCAAUGUUGACUGCCAUAUACCUCACCAUCACACCAAUGUUAGUUGCCUAUGUGGGGGUUGCCAUUGGUGCCAGCGUUCCUCUCUUGGUGUGCCUGGUGGUGGUACUGGGGAAGUCUGUCUAUGAAUUCGGUGUUUAGUUCUUUGAUCGGUGUAGAACUGGGAUCUCAGGGGGAGUGAGGUGAAAUGGCUGCUGGGAGCACAUAUUCCCAGGAUAAUUUUUAGUUCUUGUUUGGUUGCUGGACUGUUCGAAUAUUAGAUACACCCUUUUCAAUUUAAAUGUGGAACAAGGGGAUGUGAUUGAUUUGUA